AUGACAAUACUUAGCUUCGAUGGAAGUGACCGCGGGUGGGCUAUAUUCUGUAGAGGACAGUCUGAAAUGGCAAGAGCUAAAGGUGAUGCUGCUUUAACAAGUUUGAGAGAUUAUGAUAAGUGGAAACAUAAUAUUGAACAAGAUGGUUGGGUUCCUGCAUUGAAUGAUUAUAUUAAGGAAAUUCAGCAGCCGCAUCAUUGUAAUCGACUUAUUCUUCUUGGGAGCACUGGUGGAAUACCGCAGAAGGUUGUUUGCGCGGAAUAUGGUCGUCAAAUGGAGAAAUAUUUCAUGUAUCGUUGUUGUGUGGAGUGA